AUGUCUCUAGAGGACUCAUUCAACACAACCCGGCAACCUGUCGAAAACGCGACUGUGCCUUUUUGGCAUCGAGACAUUCACGAACUGCACGACCAUCGGACAACAGAAGAGCUUCCAGUGUCGAGUGACGUCGUCAUCAUAGGCGCCGGCUAUGCAGGAAUUAGCACGGCAUACCAUUUGGUCAAAGGAGAGGCUAGCUACAACAACCUUUCUAUCACAAUACUGGAAUCACGGGCUGUCUGUUCGGGUGCGACAGGACGCAAUGGUGGUCACCUCAGGCCUGACAUGUACACCCCCAUGACCAGGGUCAUCGACCGAGCAGGAAUAGAAAACGCGUUGGAGGUGAUAGAAUUCGAAAUCGCACAUGUACAGGCCAUAAAGUCUUUGGUUGAAAAGGAGAACAUUGAUUGCGACUUUACCCUCACAAGGUCUAUCGAUGUAUGGUGCAACGAGGAAGCUGCUCAAAAGGCCAAGGAGCGUUAUGACACUCUGAUAUCCCGUGAUCUGGAUUACAUGAAGGAUGUAUUCUUUGUUCUUGGCAAGGAUGCAGAAGGUAUAUCAGGCGUCAAAGGCGCCAAGGCAUGCGCUUCUUUCACGGCAGGAACUCUGUGGCCGUACAAGCUUAUUCUCCAUUUGACGGCUGCAAUUCUAGAGACUGGGCGAGUCAAUCUCCAGACUCACACCCCAGUGACUUCUGUGAGUCGACAAUCUUCGGGCAGCUUUGUUGUUACAACUCCACGAGGCACGACAGUCGCCCGGAAAGUCGUGUAUGCGAACAACGCCUAUAUAUCGGCUCUUCUUCCACAGUACCGUGAAGCCAUCAUUCCGUGCAAAGGACUGUGUACUCAUAUUUCAGUUCCUGAAGGUACAAGACCGCCUCUGCUCAACAACUCUUACAUAGUCCGCGAAGAAGACAACGUCGUUUCAUACCUCAUCCCUCGUGCCGACGGCAGCAUUGUUGUGGGCGGAGCUAACUCGGUAUACCAUCCUGUUCUGAGUUCAUGGUAUGAUAGCGUGGAUGAUUCAAGUCUCAUUGAAGAAGUGAAAGAUCAUUACAAUGGUUAUAUGCAGAAAUUUUUCCAUGGCUGGGAAGACAGCGCCGCCCAGGUGGACAAAGUAUGGACCGGGAUCAUGGGGUACAGCUGGGAUUCCCAGCCCCAUGUUGGCGACGUUCCUGGGGAGGAGGGCCAGUAUGUACUUGCAGGCUUCAAUGGCCAUGGAAUGCCUCUGGCUUUCCUGUCUGCGCUUGGGGUUGCCAGGAUGAUUCACAGGGGGAUCGAGUUUGAAGAUGCUGGUCUCCCAGUAUUGUUCCAAUCUACAAAGGAGAGACUUGAGAAGGUGAGGAAUGGCCCUGCUGGAGGUGAUAUAAUUGGCGUCAAGCGAUGA